AUGGAUGAUGAAAAGAAAAUAACCUAUGAUAAUGAAGAAGAAGAAAUAGACCCCACAGAAAAUAAUUAUGAAGAAGAAGAACAAGUAGACCCCACAGAAAAUGAUGAAAAUAAUGAUGAUGAUGAAAAUACGGUGAAAAAUAAUAAUGAUGAUGAAAAUGAAAGUGAAUAUGACAGUGAAAAAGAUUAUUCUGGGGAUGAAAAUUAUUCGGCCGAUGAUGAAGAGGAAGUAAAUAAUGAAGCAUCUGCUUUAUUUUUAAAACAAAUAUGGGAUGCACAUUGUAUGACUAUUCAAAAACAAAAACAAUCUAAAUUUAUACCGGCAACUAAAAGGUUUUUAGCUGCAACUUUUGCCAAAAAAGAAAAAAUGCUUAAUGAUAACAAACAAUUAGUGUCGCAUUUGGUGUUUUUAUGCCGGAACAUAGCAAACGGUAAAAUACCAUUAAAUAUAUCAGAGUGUGAAAAAGCUUUAUUUACGCACAUUGCCGAUAGAACUACAAACCGUGCAGACAUGCGCUUACGUUUACUCGAAGAAUUUGCGGUACAACAUUAUUGCAGUCUUGCUAUUAAACAAAUAGAAAUAUCUCGGGGUAACGAAGACGACAAUGGGGGAGGACGUAAAACGACUGAUGCUGAUAGACACCGAAAAAUACAACGCGAUGAUCAAAAACAUAGAUCGACUAGUCGCCAACAAAGGAAUUCUAGACGAGGCCAAACAAACAGCGGUCGAAGGGGAAUUAAUUGAAGGAUAUGCAAAUAUGAUGGCCAGUGUCGCAAAAAAACAACCCAAUGCUACCGAUGACAUUAAUUAUUCAAAAAAAAGAAAAAAUUAUCGAAAAGAACUACAGGAAACAGCUGCUGCUGCAGGUCAACCCGCAGCAGGUGGUCCUGCGCCAAAACCGGGAUCAUUAGCAAGCUCAGAAAAACUAAUACGUAGUUUUCUCAAACAAAGAGGGGUUGUAGAAACGGACAAAGGAACAAAAUUUGGAAACAAAACACUUAAUUUUAGUUUGGAUGAUAUGGUGGCUGAUCUUACAAAAAAUGUAACGAAAAAAAAGACAAAUUUAAAUGAGAUACAACACCAAAAAUUACUGAAAGAAUUAAAAAAAUUAAGUAUGCCCGUUUAUUAUAUACGUAGUGAAAAUCUUAAGGGUCAAUAUCGAUCAUUAAGUGAAUCUGCAGCAUCAACGUCGCACGCGUCGCCACCAGCAGCCUAUGAAACACCGCCACCGCAGGAUAUUGGACAGAUAACACCGUUUAGACAAAAAGGAAAGUCACGAGCGUACAUGGUUUAA